AUGUCCUCCUGCGUCACUAUUCUUCGAACAUCUCUCAUCUUCCAACUUCGAACAUCUCUCAUCUUCCAACCGGUGCUUUUUGUUUCACCCGAGCGGUUUUUGAAUAAGGAGUUUCUGUCUGCUAUCUCUGCUGGGUCAGCUGUCUCACUCGUUGUUAUUGACGAAGCACAUUGUAUAUCUGAAUGGUCUCACAAUUUCCGACCUUCAUUCAUGAGACUUAGAGCAUCACUACUUCAUAGAAGUCUUAAUGUAGGUUCUGUUCUCGCAAUGACAGCAACUGCUACAACCACAACCUUAGAUGCCAUCAUGUCUGCCCUAGAUAUUCCUUUUACAAAUCUUAUUCAGAAUGCACACUUAAGGGACAAUUUGCGUUUGUCGGCGUCUUUGAUAAAAAAUAGAAUGAAAGACCUACUGGUUCUGAUAAAGUCUCCUCCUUUUGCGGAUGUUAAAGGCAUCAUAGUAUACUGCAAAUUUCAGUCUGAAACUGAUCAAAUUAGCAGAUACUUGAAUGAUAACAAUAUCUCGGCAAAGAGUUAUCAUAGUGGUAUUUUUGCAAAGGAACGUGGCAACGUACAGGAGUUGUUUGCUUCAAACAAGAUCAGAGUGGUUGUUGCAACUGUGGCAUUUGGUAUGGGACUAGAUAAAAGAGAUGUUGGAGCAGUAAUUCAUUACAGUUUACCUGGAAGUCUGGAAGAGUAUGUACAGAACAUACACGAUCUUAUAGGAAUAUGUUGGAGCCACCGAACUCAGCACUGCUACCCAUUUGUACUUUUUCCCGAGGAUAUUAAUUUGCCUGAUGCAAAACUCGGCGAAAAUGUUGCUAGUAUGAAACAUUUGAUUAAAUGGGAUUUGAGUUUUGAUAGUUAUUUUAAAGCGGCUCCUUAUCUCUUGGACGACACCGAAUCAAAAGGGCGCAAAAGGAUGCACGUAGAAAGAUUUUCUGACAAGAAGAAGAUCGCGUUCACUCGUGAUUCGCUGUCUCAGGUUUUAUAUUACGACGAAUUUGUUAAGGAGUUGGUUCCAGGACACCGAAAAAUGGCUAUAAUAUUGGCUGCAUCUUCUGCUGUCUUGGCUCUUCUUUUGGUUACUGCAACAAUGGGUUUCUUUAUAGGAAAGAAUGUAAUGAGGAAAAGAAGAGAGAGAAAACAAUUUGGGACACUUUUGGAUACAGUGAAUAAAUCCAAGCUAAAUGUUCCAUAUGAAAUUCUUGAAAAAGCAACAAAUUACUUCAAUGAUGACAAUAAGCUAGGACAAGGAGGAUCAGGUUCAGUUUAUAAAGGAGUUAUGCCAGAUGGUAAUACUGUGGCUGUUAAAAGGCUUAGUUUUAACUCGACGCAAUGGGUGGAUCAUUUCUUCAAUGAGGUUAAUUUGAUUAGUGGAGUUCAUCACAAAAAUGAUGAGAGAAGAAAGAAUACUUACACGUCGGAGUCACUCCGCCAACGCUUCAAUCGUGAUUCAGAGGGAAUGCUUCAAGCUUGA